AUGCCAGUUUCGUCUAAAGCUCCCGAAUCUCGUGUAAUUGAGGCCUGCGAAGCCGCCCGUGCAGAUGGUAUCUAUAUUAUUAAGAAGAUUGUCAAUAACGUCGAGAAUACGCUUCCAAGAUGUAUUCAAGCACUCGAGUGGAACUACAAGAAGCUAUCGAAGAUACAAAACCUCACCUCGAAGCAGCGGUGGAACCUACUACGAGAUGCCAAUCAAUCAAUUGCGAACAGGAAGGCAAAUGAGGGUAUUCAGGAUAAGAAGCGGCUAGCUAAACUACAUGAGAAAGUGUACGGCAAACCGCCACCGAAACAGCCUACGCGGAAGAAUGAGGCAUCAAUUGAAGCAGUGAGGGCUGCAGAAGAAGCUCAUGAGCUUUUGACAUUAAUUCGCAUCCGAUGUGUUGAUUAA